AUGAGAAAUUCUGAUGAACAGCCAAGUGGAGGAACUACAGUGUUGCAGCGUCUGCUACAAGAGCAGCUUCGCUAUGGCAAUCCCAGUGAGAAUCGCAACCUGCUUGCCAUACACCAGCAAGCCACAGGGAACGGCCCUCCUUUCCCCAGUGGCAGUGGGAACCCAGGCCCUCAGAAUGAUGUGUUGAGUCCCCAAGAUCACCACCAACAGCUUGUGGCUCAUGCUGCCCGGCAGGAACCUCAGGGGCAGGAAAUUCAGUCAGAAAACAUCAUCAUGGAGAAACAGCUGUCUCCUCGGAUGCAGAAUAAUGAAGAACUCCCGACCUAUGAGGAAGCCAAGGUCCAGUCCCAGUAUUUUCGGGGCCAACAGCAUGCCAGUGUCGGAGCUGCCUUCUAUGUCACUGGAGUGACCAACCAGAAGAUGAGGACUGAGGGACGCCCAUCAGUUCAGCGGCUCAAUCCUGGAAAGAUGCACCAGGAUGAAGGACUCAGAGAUCUUAAGCAAGGACACGUUCGCUCCCUGAGUGAACGACUCAUGCAGAUGUCACUGGCUACCAGCGGAGUUAAGGCCCAUCCGCCUGUUACCAGCGCUCCCCUCUCCCCACCACAACCCAAUGACAUGUACAAGAAUCCCACAAGUUCCAGUGAUUUCUACAAGGCCCAAGGGCCACCUCCCAGCCAGCAUAGCCUGAAGGGCAUGGAACACCGAGGCCCCCCACCAGAGUAUCCCUUCAAGGGCAUGCCACCCCAAUCUGUAGUGUGCAAGCCCCAAGAGCCAGGGCACUACUAUAGUGAGCAUCGUCUGAACCAGCCAGGGAGAACAGAGGGGCAACUGAUGAGGUAUCAGCAUCCCCCUGAGUAUGGAGCAGCCAGGCCAACACAGGACAUCUCAUUGCCUUUGUCAGCCCGGAACUCUCAGCCUCACAGCCCUACUUCUUCCCUCACGUCUGGGGGUUCCUUGCCCUUGCUGCAGUCUCCACCAUCCACUAGAUUGUCUCCUGCCCAACACCCCUUGGUCCCCAGCCAAGGAGACCACUCGGCCCACCUGCCUAGGCCACAGCAGCAUUUCCUUCCUAACCAGGCUCACCAGGGGGAUCAUUACCGUCUCCCCCAGCCUGGCCUGAGUCCACAGCAGCCACAGCAGCCGCAGCCACACCAUCACCACCAUCACCAGCAGCAGCAGCAACCAGGAGAAGGCUAUUCCGCUAUGCCACGAGCUCAGCAGUCGUCUGCUUCAUAUCAGCCAAUGCCAGCCGACCCUUUUGCCAUUGUUUCCAGAGCCCAGCAGAUGGUUGAGAUUCUCUCAGAUGAGAACCGGAACUUGCGGCAGGAGUUGGAAGGAUGCUAUGAGAAGGUGGCGAGACUACAGAAGGUGGAGACAGAAAUCCAGCGAGUCUCAGAGGCAUAUGAGAACCUUGUCAAGUCAUCCUCCAAAAGAGAGGCCCUGGAGAAAGCUAUGAGAAACAAGCUUGAGGGCGAGAUUCGGAGAAUGCAUGACUUCAACAGGGAUCUGAGAGAGCGUCUGGAGACGGCCAACAAGCAGCUUGCAGAGAAGGAAUAUGAGGGGUCAGAAGAUACCAGAAAAACCAUCUCUCAGCUCUUUGCAAAAAAUAAGGAGAGCCAGCGUGAGAAGGAGAAACUGGAAGCGGAGCUGGCCACUGCCCGUUCUACCAAUGAGGACCAAAGGCGACACAUCGAAAUCCGAGACCAGGCCCUGAGCAAUGCCCAGGCCAAGGUGGUAAAGCUGGAAGAAGAGCUAAAGAAGAAGCAAGUGUAUGUAGAUAAGGUGGAAAAGAUGCAGCAGGCACUUGUACAGCUCCAGGCAGCAUGUGAAAAGCGAGAGCAGCUGGAGCAUCGUCUCCGGACACGACUGGAAAGAGAACUGGAAUCCCUCCGAAUCCAGCAGCGCCAGGGCAGCUCUCAGCCCACCAAUGUUUCAGAAUACAAUGCUGCUGCACUGAUGGAACUCCUUCGUGAGAAGGAAGAGAGGAUCCUGGCCCUGGAAGCUGACAUGACUAAGUGGGAGCAGAAGUACUUGGAGGAGAAUGUGAUGAGACAUUUUGCUCUGGAUGCUGCAGCCACUGUAGCUGCUCAGAGGGACACAACAGUCAUCAGCCACUCUCCUAAUACCAGCUAUGACACGGCUCUAGAAGCUCGCAUCCAGAAGGAGGAAGAAGAAAUCUUGAUGGCUAACAAGCGUUGCCUUGACAUGGAGGGCAGGAUUAAGACCCUCCAUGCCCAGAUUAUUGAGAAGGAUGCCAUGAUCAAAGUACUCCAGCAGCGUUCCCGGAAGGAGCCAAGUAAGACAGAGCAGCUGUCAUCCAUGCGGCCAGCAAAGUCUCUGAUGUCCAUUUCCAAUGCUGGAUCAGGCUUGCUCUCCCAUUCUUCAACCCUGACUGGCACCCCCAUCAUGGAAGAGAAGCGGGAUGACAAGAGCUGGAAGGGGAGCCUAGGUAUUCUCCUGGGUGGAGACUACCGUGUGGAGUCAGUUCCUUCCACCCCUUCGCCUGUGCCGCCCUCGACUCCCCUGCUGUCGGCUCACUCCAAGACAGGCAGCCGGGACUGCAGCACCCAAACGGAACGGGGAGUAGAAUCCAACAAAACCAACACUGUAGCUCCCAUCUCUGUUCCUGCUCCAGUUGCUGCUGCCGCAGCCGCUGCCACCACUGCCAACAACACCACCACCAUGGUAGCUGCUACUCCAGUGGCUGUCGCUGCUCCAGCCACUGCUGCCACCACCGCCCCGUCUCCAGGAACUGCUGCUGCUACUCUGGCUGCUGCUGUUUCUCCAGCUGCCGCCGCAGCUCCGAUUCCAGCUACUGCCCCUGCUGUCACGGCUACUGUUGUUGCUCCUGCUGCCGCCGCCGCCACCGCCGCCACCGCCACCACCACCACCAUUCAGGUUGCUCCAGCUGCUCCGGCUCUGGUUCCAGCUCCAGCUCCGACUCCGGUUCCGGCUCCAGCAGCAGCUCAGGCUUCUGCUGCGGCUCAGACUCAGGCACCAACUCCAGCUCCGGCUGCCGCUGCUCCUCCAGCUCCAACUCCAGCUCCAGCUUUGGCUCAGGCUGAGGCUCCUGCAAGUCCAGCCGCCGGUUCUGGACCACGCCGUUUGUCUACACCAAGCCUGAGCUGCAAUCCGGAUAAGCCAGAUGGCUCUGUUUUUCACUCCAACACUCUGGAAAGAAAAACUCCUGUUCAGAUCCUGGGACAAGAGCCUGAUACAGAGAUGGUGGAAUAUCUCAUCUAA